AACAUUAGGGGGACACGAUUAAAACUGUUAUGAAAACUCGGGUCACAAAUACUUAAAGGUUGAGAAACGCUGGGAUAACACAACACCUUCUCCAUCUGCUUUCUGUUUUAUUGUGUGCUGUUGUUGUCACAGGGCUACUGCAGCACAAGACUUUCAUCUUGGUAGCUCAUCUCUGCGGUCGAUUUGUUCCACAUGUGGAUGACCCCAGGCUUUUUCACAUUAUAUAUGGGCACCGUAUCAAUGAUAAUGUCAAACAUCACUACAUCUGAUAAUUUCUUUCCACGGGGAUCCCUUUUAUCAUAUGAGCUGCAAUGGGACAUUGAUGCCACUACUGUUACCAGCUUUUUAGCAGACUUUUCAUGGCUGCUGUCAACCUGAACAUCUCACAGAGCUACACUCUUGUCUUAUUCAGCUGUGAGUCUCUGACGGAGAUGCUGCAAUAAGUGCUGCUUCCUUUAGUUGCCUCAAUGGCUUUACAAUGGACUGUGGUCUGUUUGACGUCACACUUCACAUAAAUGAACCACUUUCAAAUGACUGAGGGGACACUGCCAACUGUAGACACGAGCUUUUCACUUGUUAACGUCUCUGCUGCCAUCUUAUGUGUGAGGGGGCAAGCAGAUUGAUGGCGAGUGAGCUGUAAUUACCCAGGAAAGGAAAUCAAGAUUUUAAUUUUUAUACAUCACCCUAAACCAAAAACUAAUUAAUCAAUAAAAUUGAUUUAUCGCACAGCUCUAACAGCAAGACUUAAGUGCUAAAAGCAGAUUUGUCAUAUUGUUAUUAAACGUAAUAAUCACUUUGUCCAUGAGAGGUGUCAGUGAUUUACAAAUCUUAUUUUUAUAAACAAUGUUGUUAGCCUGAUAUCCAUCUGUCAGACGCCUGAGAUACACCAACACCACAAUUUUCAAUUCUCCAAAGACAAAAUAUUCAGUGGGAACAUGAUGUCCAUCAUAUGACGUAAGGUCACAUGAACAAUGACAGCCUCCUUUUACUUCAGUCUUGCAGGUUUCAUAUCCACCAAAGAACCUUAAGGGCUCUACAGACGUCUCCACAAGAGGACACAGCCAUUGAAUUUAUGUGUCCCAAAGGUGCCGCAUCUUGUAAUUGAAUUCAGAAACCUCAAUUAGAUUGUGAAUAACAUCCUCAAAGGUUCACAUUGACCAUCAAUUUUCACUUCCAGAAUUUGUUGUAAACUUGCAUCCCCUGUCAGAAAUCUCAUGUCAAAAUAGUGAUAGACCCAAGUCUGCCUUCCCUCUGCUCAGCUCUUGUCAUUUUAUUUUUAAUUUCAUGUCCUCUUUGUCUUAUUUCAGUAGCCCUCUUCUUCUGAGAGGUCGCAUUAAAUUUGACAAAGGAGCCCAAAAAGAAGACAAACUGCCCCUCUAAUCACAAAAUCAAAAGAUGAGUGAAGACGCCUUGUGUGAGAAAUUUGUGUCAAUGAUCUCCAGGAAAAGGAGAUCUGAUGAAGACAUCAACACUCUGUCUGGUUUAACACAGAAGUUUCCAAAAGUAAUACAACCAUUCUCUCAUGAGGAUCUCCUCAAGAUCACCGAGUACUACAAGCCCUACCUGGCCUAUGUGAUUGAAUACGACAUCACGAGUAUCCUGCAGAACCUGGCCACCAAGAACAUCCUCACCAAUGAUGAGGCCAAGAGAUUCAAAGCCAAAGAAGAGCAUGAGGGGCAAGCAGGUGUGGAGUCCUUCAUCAGUGACAUAAUGAAGAUGGACAAUGCAGUAGUGGUGAGCCUGUGGGAGGCGCUGGUUGAAGAACUUGUGAGAUUUCCGUCUCCAAACAUGACGAGAAUACUGGAGGAAGUGACAGAGGGCGGACCAGACCUCUUGAAGACCAUUCAGGCCAGUCUCCAACCUGCUCCAAUUGACACUCGUAUUCAAGGCCUCCAUGAGACACACAGAGGCGGUGUGUCUGAAUCUACAAGAACUUUGGAGGAUCAGGCAUCUCCUGGAGAUCCACGCACCAGAGCUGUGGGCUUUGAGACUCGAUACACAGAGCUGAUGGUCAUCAAACAGUACAAAAGAACAUACAGUGAGAGGCUCCAUGAACUGGAGAAGAUGGGGAGAACUCAUGCAGAGCUGAUAGAGGAGCGGACAAAAGAGAAAUGUGAGCGAAUUUGGACUGAGCAGCUUUUUAGGAGGAGUCCUGGAAGUGAUACAGACUCUCACAUUGUAGUGGUUAGUGGGGUGGCUGGAAUUGGGAAGACCACCAUGGUCCAGAAGAUCAUGUUUGACUGGGCCAGAGGCACUCAGUACCAGAGGUUUGCAUUUGUGUUCCUGUUUAAGUUCAGGGAGCUCAACCUACUAGACACGGAGACAGAGCCACAGAUGCCUCUGACCAGGCUGAUUGAAAGGCACUAUAAAUAUCUCAAUGACACAAGACUGAAGGACAUCCUGCAGAAACCUGAAUCUCUCCUCUUUAUAUUUGAUGGACUGGAUGAGUACAAACACAAACUGGAUUUCACACAGAGGAAGUUCCCCUUAAACCCAGAUGACUACUUACCUCUCCACAUUUUGGUCUCCAGCCUGGUCAGAAGGACAUUACUGAAGGGCUGUACAGUCCUGAUAACAACCAGACCAACAGCCCUGGAUACCCUGGACAUGGAGAGAGUUGAUCGAUUUGCAGAGAUCCUGGGGUUCUUCCCUGAACAAAGGCUGAUGUACUUUAAGAAGUUCUUUGGUGAUGCUGGUCGAGGCUCUGAGGCUUUUCAGUCCGUGGAGGAGAACGACAUCCUGUACACCAUGUGCUUCAACCCCUCGUACUGCUGGAUUAUCUGCUCUGUGCUGAAGAGCCACUUCAUGACACCUGAAGAAGAGCGAGGAGCUGCCCCCAGAACUGUCACUGAGCUCUUUGUGAUGUUCCUUCACAACAUCCUCACCAAUCACAAGCGAGAAGCCAAAGACCAGCAAGAGAUUCUGGUCAAACUAGGAAAGAUGGCUUAUUAUGGGGUGGCCAACAGAACUCUUGUGUUUUAUGAUAAGUUUGAGAUGUCCACCUUUGGUCUCCAGCCAGUCCUAUCCUUUCCAUUCCUCUCAGGUUUCCUCAAAGAAAUCCUUCAGAGAGAAAGCACUCUGGAGCACACGACGUACACAUUCUACCACCUCACCCUGCAGGAGUUCAUGGCAGCCUUAUCAUUUUACCUCGAUCCAUCAGGGGGUGUUGUGGAGCUGCUUGUGAAGCUGGAGUCAUGUAACGAUGGCCGGUUUGAGAUUCUCACUCGAUUUUUAGCAGGACUGGCCAGACCUUCUGUGUUUAAAACACUGGGGGGAGUCCUGGGGGAGUUUAAGGUGAAGACAGCAAAGCAGAUACUGGAGUGGGUGAAGAAGAAAACUGAAGUGGCACUACGGGGACAAGAUAAACGUGAAGUUCUGCGAGUGUGUCAGUGGCUCUAUGAGACUCAGAAUAAGAAAUUAAUUAGAGACACCAUUGGGAAGGAUUUAAAGAUGAACUUUAUUAAGAUGACUUUAUCUCCCCUGGACUGUGCUGUGCUGGGCUCUGUCAUCAGCUGCUGUGGAGAACUUGAGGAGCUUGACCUGUCCUGGACACAGCUCACCUCAGAGUGCAUCAUGAGACUGGCGCCGGGGCUCAUCUGCUGCAGACAUGUCAUCCUGCAGUCAUGUCAUCUCACCACUGAAUGUUGCUCAGCCUUCUCCUCGGUUCUUACUGCUGGACACUCGGAAAUGAUUGAGUUGGACCUGAGUGGAAAUGACCUGUGGGUUUCAGGAGUGUCUGAGCUGUGUAAGAUCCUGAGGGACCCAAACUGUAAAUUAAAGAAACUGAGGCUGUGGUCUUGUGGUCUCACCUCUGGAUGUUGCUCAGCUCUCUCCACAGCGCUCUCUGCUUCACACUCACCACUGACUGAGUUGGACCUGAAAGGCAAUGAACUGGGGGAUUCAGGGGCGAUUGAGUUGUGUGAGGGGCUGAGGAGCAAAAACUGUAAAUUAGAAAAACUAAGCCUGGCCUCAUGUCUUCUCAUCUCCAGAUGUUGCUCAGCUCUCUCCUCGGCUCUCUCUGAUGAAUACUCAAGGCUGACUGAGCUGGACCUGAGUCACAAUGAACUGGGGGAUUCAGGAGUGACUGAGCUGUGUGAGGGGCUGAGGAACACAAACUGUAAAAUAAAGAAACUUAACCUUGAGUAUUGUCGUCUCACCUCCAGAUGUUGCUCAACUCUCUCCUCAGCUCUUUCUGCUCCACACUCACGACUGACUGAACUGAAACUGAGCUACAACAACCUGGAGGAUUCAGGAGUGGAUCAGCUGUGUGAGGGGCUAAGGAGUGAAAACUGCAAAUUAGAGAAACUGAGCCUUUGGUCAUGUGAUCUCACCUUCAGAUGUUGCUCAGCUCUCUCGUCGUCUCUCUCUGCUCCACUCUCACCCCUGGCUGAGCUGAUGCUAAGUUGCAAUAAUCUAGGGGAUUCUGGAGUGACUGCACUGUGUGAGGGGCUGAGGAGUGAAAACUGUAAAUUAGAGAAACUUAGUCUGACUAAAUGUGGUCUCACCUCUGCAUGUUGCUCCGCUCUCUCGUCAGCUCUCUCUGCUCCACAUUCACGACUGACCGAGCUGAGCCUGACUGAGAUUCACUUGGAAGAUUCAGGAGUGACUGAGCUGUGUGAGGGGCUGAGGAGCACAAACUGCAAAUUACAGAAAUUGUGGGUGUGCCCUUUACAGAACACUAAGAAUGUGAAAAGAAGCCUGAAGUCACUACAGGAGGAGCUGAUCAGAUCAGGACGGCGAAUAGACAUCAGUGUAUGAGAAGAGCAGCUUUGUGACCAAACAGUGAUGGUGCCCCUUGUCAGCUCAUUUCCUCAGUUGCUCUACUGAAAAUUUUUCUUUGGACUUUCUACUUUUUUGUUUUCAGUUUUGACUUGAUUUGUUCCCAAGGGGAUUGAAUGAAUAAAUACUUUAAUGGAUAGAUACUCACAUACUAUGGUCUGAACACACUCUAGAAUGACUAAAAAGUAAGGAAAAUUUAAAAAGAAAAAAAAAGAAAACCUCUGACUUGACAGUCCCAGUCACAAGUGGUCUCAUUUAGGCGUAUCACUGUUGGUAUAAAGAAGCCCCCGUAGCAUUUCAUGACACACUUUGGCUACAUAAAGCUCUUUAUCAAAAAAAU